AUGAGCGCAAUGUCGUUGCCCGAAGUCCUGGGCAAAAUUUGCUCGUACCUUGAUAUGCAGGACGUAAGCAACUUCCGCUUGUGCAGCAAAGCCUUUGCCGACGUCGGUCUUCGCUUCGCAUAUCGAACGGUUGUCAUGUCUUUUGACUCCAAUCAAGGAAGACCACGUUUAAGAAGGAUAGUAGGUGGUGUCCCCGAUCCUAGGUCAUUUUUCUUCACGGAACUUCACGUCACCUUCGAUCCCCAGCAUCAGAUUCUACAAAGAAAUACUGACAUUUCUUGUAUCGAAGAGGCCGGGUGUCAUUUUCCGGCUCUAGAGGAAAUCAUCGUGUCCUCUCGUAGACGCUACAGGGGCAAGCGCAGCAAACCCACCUACAUAUAUCGCCCGGACACUGAUGAUGCAGAAAACGGCUAUCUGAAGCUCAACGGUCUUCGACAAAUGUAUUCACUUCUCCCCGUCAUCGCCAAGGCCGACCCCAGUCUAAAGACAUUUUCGGCCGACGGCAUCACUUAUCAGAUUGUCGAAGAUCCAGCUAUCACCGAACUUCGCGACGCCUUUUUGCCUUGCACCAAUGCCACAACUUUUAAACUACACGUCGAUACCAGUAUACUUACCGAAAAGGCGGAAUUUCACGACAAAAACAGAGGCUUACGCGACUUGACCAAGUCUUUCCGCCAACUUGAAACGCUUGAGAUCACAAUUGGCGACUACUUAGGGUGGUCUGGCCCUAGCCGGUAUAGCCUUGAACAUAUCAUCGAGCCUGAAUGCGAAUGGGAGAACCUUACCAGUUUGGCCCUAAGGGGUAUUGAAUGUGACCGACGCGAGCUAAUGACAAUUCUCAAGAAGCAGAAAUGCUUGAAUCGACUAUGUCUCCAUGACACGUCACUAAUUCGUUCGUCAUGGAAAAUACUUCUUCUAGAGAUGCGAAGUUCGCUACACUCGAAAUUGAAAUCAGCUUGUAUCUGUGGUUCAAUACAGGGACAGCAAGAAGGGGGGACCAGGCCGCACAGGGAAUCCUGGUUCCUGGACCGGCGGGAUAACCACAUACUUUGGCUCGCCGUCAACAUCUGUCUGGUGAGCGAUGAUACUGAGUACGCGCCUUGUCCUCUGCCUCGUGAAUGGACGGACGCUGAUCGCAUCGAGGGGGAAAUUGAGAACUUCUACUAUGUGUAG